CACCAGCAACAGAGCCCUUUCGGCACUCUUGUUCCGUGAAUGGCGGUAGUAAAUCAAGUGAUGGAGUCAUCCCAGGCAUCGCCCUCAUUGGAGCUUACAGUUGGCAGUGAGGCUGCAUGAAAGGAACCGGAACCCAAAUAUCCAAAGCUCUCAUCCCUCAACCCUUAGUUAUCACCUGCCAUCGGUCCCAAACACCAUCCGACCUGCACUUGACUUCCUCCUUUCCCACUUCAAAUCGCCAUCUUCUUUCACAGAUUCCAGCUACAUUACCAGUCGAUCAUCCUUUGGAUCUUCUUGCAGUGCAUGAGAGAGGGUCACCGCUACCCUGCACUCUUUCACCAGCCGUAGUUCAUUCACUGCUGCCUUGACAAAGAGCCUCAUUCACAUUUUACACUCCAUCGAGCUCCAGAACUGUACCGACAGAAUCCGCCCUAGUUUCUUCCAGGACCUUCCCCCCCAGUACUAUUAGCUCCGACCACCACCCCCCACAAUGUCCUCCUCUAUCCAGAUCCCCCAACGUAAAUCCACCCGUCCCCCUUCCAUCCCCGUUACACAACCCGGAGCCAGCUCCAGCAGUGGCUCCUCAUCGGAUUUCUCCCUGUCGAGCAGCGCGGGGGGGUCGCCGUACCGGGGAUCACAUCAGCGGACUCCGAGUUUCUUGAGCGCCGCUUUCUCGAAGGCUGAGCAUACGGUUGUGAAUGUUGGACAUCCGGAUGCACCGAGAUUAAUUACCUGCGUCAAGGCAUCUCAAGGAUUCGACUGGAACCAAGGCCCACCACACUCCACCCCACUAGCAACCACGACUCUAACACGUCCACCCACCGUAGACAUCUUCCUUCCCUCCUACGCCGAGCGUGACUCCACCGAGCUCGAACACAAGCAAGACCCCGUCACCGACAUCAUCCUCACGGACGAGGAAGCCGCGUCAUAUCUCCCCUCAUAACGGAUCCACGCGAUCAUGGAACUCCAUCCCGAGUACAUACACAAACACAUACACACGCGGGAACACUUUCUGGACUCAUCCGAGCAGGAAGGAGGGGGGAUGACGUGAAUCAUGACAUUCCUUUUGCAGAGCCACGGCGUCAGCGAGCCGAGCCGGUCGGAUUGGCUCGAUACGGAUAUGGGGGUGUUUAUUUGAUUAUACGGAUUACGGAGUCAGGCUUAUAGGUUUGGGAAUCGGGGCGUUUUUGGGAUUGGGUUAUGAGGAUGGAGAAGGAUACGGAUACGGAUACGGAUACAAAGGGGAGAUUCAUGGCUUCGUGGGAUAUCUCUCCUUAUUGCUUAAAGGACGUGUACCCCGCAAUAUAUUGAACUCGUGAGGCAUGGUAUGGAUUCUA